GAUAAUAAAAGUGUGUUCGGGUUAUUCGGGUUAUUCGGGUUAUUCGGGUUAUUAUUCGGGUUAUUAUUCGGGUUAUUCGGGUUAUUCGGGUUAUUAUUCGGGUUAUUUCGGGUUAUUCGGGUUAUUAUUCGGGUUAUUCGGGUUAUUCGGGUUAUUAUUCGGGUUAUUUCGGGUUAUUAUUCGGGUUAUUCGGGUUAUUAUUCGGGUUAUUAUUCGGGUUAUUCGGGUUAUUAUUCGGGUUAUUCGGGUUAUUCGGGGUUAUUUCGGGUUAUUCGGGUUAUUCGGGGUUAUUUCGGGUUAUUCGGGUUAUUAUUCGGGUUAUUAUUCGGGUUAUUCGGGUUAUUAUUCGGGUUAUUAUUCGGGGUUAUUCGGGUUAUUAUUCGGGUUAUUAUUCGGGUUAUUAUUCGGGUUAUUCGGGUUAUUAUUCGGGUUAUUUCGGGUUAUUAUUCGGGUUAUUAUUCGGGUUAUUCGGGUUAUUAUUCGGGUUAUUGGGUUUAUUCGGGUUAUUAUUCGGGUUAUUCGGGUUAUUAUUCGGGUUAUUCGGGUUAUUUCGGGUUAUUAUUCGGGUUAUUAUUCGGGUUAUUAUUCGGGUUAUUCGGGUUAUUCGGGUUAUUAUUCGGGUUAUUCGGGUUAUUCGGGUUAUUAUUCGGGUUAUUUCGGGUUAUUAUUCGGGUUAUUAUUCGGGUUAUUAUUCGGGUUAUUCGGGUUAUUCGGGUUAUUAUUCGGGUUAUUAUUCGGGUUAUUAUUCGGGUUAUUAUUCGGGUUAUUAUUCGGGUUAUU